AUGUCCAAUUCUUACGACUGCUGCAACUACGCGGCAUUUUUCUCGAUUCAAAGGUUAGAACCAAGUCGAUUGGUCUCUUCCUUGUUACGAACAAUCGCAAAAACUCAUUGUUCAAAAGAAAAGCACUGCAGUCGAGACGGUAGACAUGGAAAAGCCGCGGCUGGUCUGACCAGAGAAAGGAUAUUUGGAUAUGAUUAAUUCGUCCUGAGUCUCUGCUCGAAAAUCGCUGUAGAAAUCUCUAAAAAAAAAUGAUGACUGUUCAAAUCUUAAAACUUCAAAAUCUUCGACUGAGGUUGUUAGUUUUCCUACUAUGCGGACACUGAAAAUUCACUAUAUCCUACACAAAAAUUGAAAGCCAAGCCUUGGGUUUUUCGAAGCACCUCGAGAUUUUUUUUUCAGCAACCAUUUCAGAAAAAAAAAUCUACCUGGCAAUCAUAUUUUUGCUUUUAAUUUUAGUUCAGACCCUUGGAAAAUGUUUAAAAAAAAGACUACAAAAACAGAUGAAAAAAUAAGAAAAUGUAUCAAAGGAGUUUCGAGAAUUCUCUAAACCGAAUGGAGCUCCAUAAAGGGUGAGGACUUCGUCGAACAAACAUGGAUCCAGUUAUAUUAUUCCAGAUACACGAAUUCUCAAGGUCUCAAACCGUCGGAGGGAGUUCCUUGCUGUUUUUUAAAGUUUAUAAAUAGCAAAAAAUGGAAACAAAAAGUUUUGGAAAGCUGUGCUGAAAUUGAAACUCUUCUGAAAUAAUUAGUUCCAGAAACUGCAGAAACUCGACACCCCGAUAUCUCUAAAAAGAUAAUUAUUUGCGGUGCUCUGUUCAGUCCGAGAACGGCUCUCAUCGAGUUAAGAGCUUCACGAAAAUUCCCAGGAGGGUGGCGUUUCCUUCAGGAUCCGCACACCCCUGAGCUCAUUUUGUUUUACUUCGAACAUUUUGCGUAGGAAUCAAUAUUACUAACACGCAAACGCGUUGUAUGUGGCCAUCAUUUCCAAGAGUUUUUUAUCAGUAAUUGUGGUAUUCUAUUUUUUUUUCUUGUUUUAACCUUCAUAGUGUUCAGAUAUGUCGGAUCACUUAUCAAAUUGCGGCGAACUGCCAAACCUUUCGAAGCCGCGUUGGGAUCAGCAUCUGUUCGAAGGUGGCCUCCACGAAGAUGCAUUAAAUCGAUUUUUCAGGAAGAGCUUACCAUUUCUUCGCCACCACGAAUCCGAUGAACUUGUUUGCCUCGAAUGCACAGCUUGAUCACGCUCGUCAAAUAAUCACACAAUACAAGUUAAUCUCUCACAAAACUCUCAUACAACAACUCCUAUUGAAAUCGUGAAGACUCAUUCUUUCCAAUCCGACUCAGAUUGGGCAAGUUCGACCCGAAUAUGACAGUCGACGAGCUUUGGAGAGCAAAAAACCUUUACGACUCGGCUUACCAUCCAGACACGGGCGAGAAAAUGUUUAUUUUAGGAAGGAUGAGCGCUCAAGUUCGUCAUUCUAAAAACUUUUCUUUUUUUAUAACUAUCAAGUUCAGGUGCCUUGCAAUAUGCUCAUAACUGGCGGCAUGUUAACCUUUUACCAAAGGUUUUUUUUUAAUUCUUCAGUUUUUAAUAAAAUUGAAGCUACUGAACCUGUUGAAAAAAAAAGAAUGAUUUUCCUGGAGUAAUAUUUUUACGAUUCGCUUCCCUCAGUUUUACUUGCGAAAAAUAAGAAAAACGAAAAAACGAAGAAGUAACCUAGAUUUCACCACGUUCUUUUUUUCCAUUGGCUCAAUCAGUCCUUCAAUGCCAUCGUCAACUACACUAACCGCAGUGGUGAUGCGCGUUUGGGACACCGCCCUUGAAUCAAAACGGUUUCAGGUACACACAAACAGGACGACGCCACUCUGCUCAAGUCCUACUGCGCCGCAACUACGGGAGCUGUGACUUGUGCCUUGGGCGCCAACCACUUGAUAUCGAAGAUAAAGGUAUUUUCCUUAUUAUUUCACUUUUUCAUACUGUAUCUUCUCUCCAGAAUGCUCCACCUAUGUUGGCUCGACUCGUACCUUUUGCCGCGAUUGCCAUCGCCAACGCGAUUAAUAUACCAAUGAUGCGAAACAAGUCAAGAUUUGUUUUUCAACGAGUUAACCAAAUCAAGAUUUCCAGAGAGUUCACAUCUGGGAUUCCUGUGGAGGAUGCCGCUGGUCGGACCAUCGGUUUCUCUACAGCGGCGCCCUAUUACGCGAUUCCAGAAGUUGUGAUCAGUCGCGUGGGUAUGGCUGUACCGAACAUGGUGCUUGGACCACUGCUUUUUACGCGUUUUGCUCGGGCCAAUUGGUACAGAUCCUGGAUGGCGGCGCCGCUGCAGACCAUCAUUUGUGGCUUCAUGCUAGCCUUCUCCACUCCUCUUUGUUGCGCUCUUUUCCCUCAGAAAAGCAGCUUGCCGGUAAGCAGAGAAUUUCUUCCCAUUGUCAUUUGAGUACUGAUAAAAAUUCAAACUUCAGGUCGAGCUCUUGGAGAAACCUUUGAAAGAACAGAUCCUCAAGCUACCAGACGCUCCUACUACGGUUUAUUUCAACAAAGGCCUAUGA